AUGAACGACCAGGAUAUGUUCAGAAUUUUACAAAAAAACUUGAAUUUGGGUACCUCAAACAUCUCCUCGCCAUCGUCUCGAAAUGAAUCACCUGCUGCCGCUCCCUCUAGAGUAACACACGCUUCUUCUAGUCCUCCUCAUUCUUAUGGAGCAAAUUUUGUUUCCUCUGGCAAUUACUCGAACACCAACGCCAACACCAAUUCCAACUUCAACUUUAUGACCAACGCCGUUAGUGGACAACAACAGGAGCAAGAAGACCAGAGACCGAAGUUACUAAAUCUAUUCAAUUUUGGAGCUGAUAGUGUUCAACCUCAACCUCAACUUCAACCCUCUUCUUCUCCUUCCCCUUCUGCUUCUUCCCCAAAUAUGCCUAACUCGCGAAAUGCUGAUGCUCUUCUUCAGGCUUUACGUGAAGGUAACAACAAGAAACCUGAAAGUAGCCAGCCUGUCCAAGCCCAAUCAAUUCCACUCUCCCAUACUCCUAGCGACACAACGUUUGAUAUUCAACGCUCAUUUUUUGGCAAACCUUCAAGCCCUCCUCACAAUCCGGAAACCGCCUUGUCAGCUUCGGAUUUGGAACGCAUGUUGCUCUCUUCCACAGACCGUGCCACCAAUUCCACUAAGGCCAACUCGUCUGGCCCCUUUCUUCCGCCAAGAGAUGCCUUCGAGUCCCAAACUAGCUGGAACGCUCCUUCCGAGCCAUCGGAUCAAAAGGAUCCCAGCAACUCAUCUUCUAUUUUUUCUUCUUCUGAUGCCGUUUCCUCUUCCAGGCUAGAUAAAGAUUCUAGCACUUCUGCACCAUCCUGCGAAGUACCGAGCGACGAAGGCGAUGUUCUCUUUCACAUCGAUAACCCCGGUUCCGGUGAUUUUGUCUGGGAAACCACAAUCAACCCUGAUUCUUUUCGAACCACUCCUUUCCCUUCGGAUGGCCGUUUCGACAUCGCUAUGGUGGAACGUGAUUUGGAUGCCCAAGACAAUCAACUCAUUCAUACAAACAAAGACUACAUCGCUUACUCCUUAACCAACGAACCUAUGGUCCGUGUCAUAGAAAUUUCUACUGGAAAAUCUUUCUUAUUGCACAACAAUUCCCCCCAUAAAUUCGUUUCUGUCGUUUGGGGCGAUGAUCCAAACAUCACCAAUCACUUGAUGGUUAUCGAUACCACCGGGCAAGUCAUCAUCUAUUCUAUAGACAUGGCUACUGCUUCUUUCAAAAUAAUAUUUCAGCUAUCCGGUGCUCAGUCACUGUCCGAUCCCAUCAAGUCCCGAUUCCACUGGUACCCCAAUUCCUCUCGGUUUUUUGCCGUUGCCCUUAGCAAACACAUUAUUUUUUUUGACUUGGAUCUAUGCCAAAACAUUCCUUUCCCAAUUUCCAGAUCCAUUGGCGUUAUUCAGCAAUUACCCUGCUUUCUCAUUGACACGGGUAUUAGCGCCAAAGAAUACGACUUCUCCGCUGAUGGUACCGUUUUCGCCACGGUUGACAAAGAUGCACUCAUAAAGAUAUAUUCUGUUCCUUAUACGUUCCCCUCUACUAUUGAAGAUCGACCAAAGCCAUCAGAAAUUUCUCCUAUUGCUACCUUUACAACAAGAACGGAACGAGGUAAUUCUAAGGUGUUAGAAAAGCCAAUUAAUUUACGAUUCAUCUCUACUCCUGGCACUAGUAAUAGUCGCUAUUUAAUAGUGGUCUACGUUUUGAACCAACUCAUUACUGUCUUUGACACCCACGCAAAGAAAGUUAUACAAAAAUUCCGGUUCAGCAGUCCUUCCACUCCAGUGACCACUACUUCCUUUUCACAAUUAUCGGUUGAUCAUGACCGUAAAACACUACUGGUUGGUAACCCCCCUUCCAACACAAUCUUUUUCUUCCUUUUCUGUAAGGAAGAGUCGGUUUCGGAUGCCAACGACUUUUCUUCUACUUAUGACUUGAUUUCGGCAUCUGUGAACAGCAGCCAAGCAGUCAAUGCCGACGCAAAGUUUUCGUACGUAGCUGCCAAGAAGUUCAAUGACGCCUCUUGUGUCAGCUUUACUUGUUGUAAGUUACUCAAUGAUUCUGAAAAGUAUUGCAUUGUUGUUAGUACCACUAAAGGAUACGAAUACUAUACCCUACCAGUAUUCAAACUUGAAAGAAAGGCUGAGCAUUUGGCUUUACUAGAAAGCAAAAAGAACUGGGAAGCUGAUGUCGGCGGUGUGGUUACUGGAGACCGACCUUCAAUAUCUCCCUCUCAGUCAGCGUCCGGUGUAAGUACGCCAAGAUCCCAAACAUCUGUUUUUUCUAAAAGAAGAAAGGACAAAGGUGAAAGACAUGAGACAAAGCAUAAAGGUUUGCCUUCUCAAUCUGGAUCUUCUUUAUCUUCAAGUGGAUAUGCUGAUGCUUCUAUGAUUGAAAAUAUUGUUUUUGGUGCCCUCGGCACUUUAGACAAAAAUGUUCAAAAGAACUAUGAAGGAUUGAAACAGUUGAUUGUAAACUACAAAACAACUCAGGAAAAGCAUUUCAAUGCUGUGUUAUCUGCUGUUUCCAGUACUCUCACUGAAAAUACUGGAAAAAUACUGGAAUCCGUUGUAGACCAAGCAAUCAAGAAUGCCAUUACAGGGGAAAUCCACGAAUUUGUUGAAAAGGCCAUGAAAGAUCAUUUUGUUACCUUGCAAGAUGCAUUAGAAACAAAAAUAAAAAAUUAUGAUCAGCAAAUGCGUUCUGAUUUUGAGCAACACAAGGACACCCUUUCGGAUAUACAAGAUCUCACGAAUAAUGUGAUUAAGUCACAAAGCGAAUCCGAUGGACAAUUUAACGAGCUAACCAACCAUAUCAAGAGUCUGGAGGGCUGCGUGAAUUCGUUAAUAGCCAAGGUCGAGGUUUUGGAAAUGAGGGACUCCAAGGAAGGAGGAAGUCAAGAAUUAGGAGAAGAGACACAGCCAGAUAUCAAUGAAGAAGUCCCUCUUUCGGCUGACGUAGCAAAAGAAACAGCUCAGCCGGAAAUAUCCGACGCCGAAAUUGGUGCGGCUUCACCUGGUAGCAAACAGGAAGCAGCAGAGAGCACAAGGAUUUCAGAAUUAGUAGAACAAGGUUCAGUUCGCGAAGCAUUAUCAGAGUGGUGCACGUCUCCCUCCAUUGAGAACUUUAAGGUGAUUUGCACCUUACCAACUGAGUCAAUAGUAGAGAACUGUAGUAGUCUUCUUUUACUUACAUUUGCUUAUCAUACUGCAUUAUGUGACAUCUAUGAAGACGAGCUUUUGUCUAAGCGUUUGGAAUACAUCGCCAAAAUUUGUCUAAGCAUUGAUGUGCAUGAUCCCAAGAUUGAGACAGUCAUUCACCCUGUUCUUGCACUUGCAAAGGAAACUUUGAUUAAGCAGUCUAGCAAUUUUUCACCUGUCUUUCAAAGACGGCUUGGCAUUGUUUUGCGUGCUGUUGAUGGAAAGAUUUCGGAGGUCAGCCCUUCCGUUCAAUAA